UUCUUUGUAUAACGCAACAGUCGUAAACAAGAUUUUUUUUCUGAGUUGGUAUUCUCUCUCCGGAUUAUACAGGAUCGGACGGGCGUAUCGCGGUGCGACGCGUCGCGAUUCUGCCGCGUUUUUGCGCGUGCCUACGCGGUGGAGAUGAUCCUAACAUCGCGUCACAGUGCCUCGUGAUACACGAAUUCACGGUAUUUGGCAUGCGGUGACGUCAUCCGGAUCAGUCUAGAAGAAUCCAACGGGACAAUAAUGGCGGACCUAUAUGCGAUGUACAGCUGCACAUAUUGUCAGGAGGACAUCCCGAAUCUACGUGUCAAGUGUAUCGAGUGCCCUGAAUUCGAUCUCUGCUUGCAGUGUUUUACUGUCGGUGCUGAAAUUGGUCAACACAAAAACGAUCAUGCCUAUCAAUUUAUGGAUUCUUGGACCAUUAGUAUAUUCAAUGGUCGUGGCAAUUGGACGGCUAGGGAACAGCUAAGGCUUUUGGAUGCCAUUGAACAAUUCGGAUUUGGAAAUUGGGAGGAUAUUAGCAACCAUAUCGAGACACGUACACCCGAAGAGGCGAAAGAAGAAUACAUCGCCAGAUAUCUCAAUGGUAAUAUCGGGAAGCACACGUGCUCAUCCACAGAAAGCUAUGUACCAAAUCUUACCGAUCAUACUGAGUUGGAUCAUGGCCCCCUGUCACCUGAUCUCACAUCCAGAUUACCGCCGUUGGACAUCACCUCAGAAGAAGCCGCACAAUUGGGUUACAUGCCCCAACGAGAUGACUUUGAGAGAGAUUACAACCACGAGGCGGAAUCUCUCGUUUCUUCAUUAUUCUUGAAUCCUGUCGAGGAUGAUGACCUUGAUAUUGCACUUAAACUCGCACAAGUUGAUAUGUACACUAAUAAUUUGAGGGAGCGAGCCAGACGGAAACGUGUCGUGAGAGAUUAUCAACUUGUAUCGGCUUUCUUCGCGUCAUCCAAAAAGGACAAAGGAAUAAAAAAGAAACGGACGAAAGAAGAAAAGGAAUUUAGGGACAGAAUGCGUGUAUUCGCACAGUUUUACACGGCACAAGAGCACAAACAGUUCCUAUCAAAUCUCGAGAGGGAAAGAGAAUUGCGCUUACGGCUUUCUGAGCUUUUCCGAUACCGUGAGAACGGUAUCACGAGGCAUGAGGAAUGUGCUCACUUCGAGCAAGUUCUCACGCAAACACAGAGACAGAACGACACGAGCGAUCACUGGACAGAUAAGAAAUCUGGCAGCAGUGGGCAGUCCACGCGAAUACACCGCCACAUCUCAAAAAGAAGAGAAGAAGAAAAAAGUUACUCUUCCAUCGACCGAAAAUACACUGCAAAGCAAGAAUUGCCCAGCAACUCCACAGUCAAUCAAACCAGUCACAAUCGGACGACGACUCCAGCCAGUCAGUCGGCGGAGCCGGAUAGCAAUCCAAACACUUCCAGCCAAUCCAGCCCCAGUUCUUCGCAAGAAAAGGGUUACGGCGGCGGCGCUACUUCCACGCAAGAGCGCGACAUCGAAUUGGAGGCUGCGUCUCAUCUCCUAACGAAACAAGAAAAGUCCUUGUGCAUUCAACUUGAUCUGAAACCGACUCAGUAUUUGACGCAAAAGGCAUUAUUAUUACAAGAAUAUCUGAACGGCAACAAAAAAUCAAGCGUCAUACCUCAAUCAGAGCCAGAGAGCAAAAUUCUUCAUUACCUAGUGACCAACGGAUGGAUCGCAGCCAACUGAUUCGACGUGUAAAAAAAAAUAUCAUCGUCAACGACAUCUGCGAUGCCGGUACGGACACGGACGAUACGGAUACGGAAUAGUGUAAAUACUUACAUUUAAUUAUAUGGAAUCGAAUCUAGCAUCCGUGCACGGACGUGUACGGUACGGAUAUGUAUAAAUGGACCUUGAGAAAAAUGUUUUCUUGGCCUGUUAACUUUAUAAACACGAAAAUUAUGACAUUCAGUGAAAUUCUACUGGAUUUCUAUAUUACGUUUAUUUGUUCCGUAUAAUAAUAUUAAUCAAUAAAUUAUUUCUCGACACUUAAGAAAAUUAUUUAAUAAGAGAGUUAAACAGUGAAAGAUGAAUUGAAUAUAUGACGAAUAAAUUUCCACCGUUUCUUUUUUUAUAUAAAUAUGUAUAUCAAUUUUUUUUUCACAUUAAUAAUUAACUGAAAAUAAUUCAAC